CUGAUCGCGGACAAAUAAAAUUAUCAUAUCAAUAAAACCUUUGAAUUUUGUUUUGUUCGCCUCAAUCAAAGCUGCACCUAAAACCGACAGUUUUCUGACUAAAACUUUUCAUUCAACAUCAAUGAAGUUUGGUUGUCUAUUCGGUUUUACCAUCUUGUUUUUCAUUGUUCUUUUCCAAAGUAUCGAAAAAACUACGGCUUAUGUUGCAAGAAAUAUCACGGUAGACCGAGCAAUUGACACAAUGCUUAUGAAAAUACAGUCUGCUGUCCGGAAAAGAAAUAUGACAGAAUUUGAAAAAUACUUUUCUGCUAAAUUCGAUUCGGAAUCUUGGUUUGACCGUUACUAUUCGGAACUUUCUGAAAGACAGUUGGGCUCAUUUGUGCUUCGCCGCUUUGGACACGUAGAUGCACGUGGCAAGGAUUUCAAGUUCAAAUUUUCGGAAUCUCAUGACGUUCCUGGUCAUCUACUUCUCCGGUCGUUUAUCGCAUGGACCAAGCGAUCCUUCACUAAUGCAUUUGCAAUUCAAACAAUUCGAUAUUAUGGAGAGUAUUGAAAAUUUCAUCAGCCAAAAAAAUUUUACUGCUUCAGUUGUAUUAAUGAAAAAAUAAUUACUGAGAACAAUAUAAUGCAAA